AUGUCUACACAGUUCUUCAUGCCCAAUCCAGCCGUCGGCGACCGCAAUGGCGUCGAAGACUGGCGCAUUCGAGGCAUGACUCCUCUCACACCGCCCGACCUCCUUCAACACGAGAUCCGCCAAACCGACAAGUCAAAAGACACCGUCAUUCAGGGCCGAAACGAGGCAGCGGACGUUGUGCAUGGCAAGGACAACAACCGAAGACUCAUGGUCGUCAUUGGUCCAUGCUCGAUCCACGAUCCUCAGAUGGCGUUGGAGUACUGCGACAGACUGCUUGAGCUGAAGAAGAAGUACGAGGACGACCUGUUGAUUGUCAUGAGGAGUUACCUCGAGAAGCCGAGAACAACCGUGGGCUGGAAGGGUUUGGUCAACGAUCCAGACUUGGACAACACCUUCAACAUCAACAAGGGUUUGAGGACGGCACGGCAGAUGUUCUUGGAUUUGACGAGCAAGGGUAUGCCAAUUGCAAGCGAGAUGCUGGAUACCAUCAGCCCACAGUUCACCGCCGAUUUGCUGUCUGUGGGUGCUGUUGGCGCACGAACGACGGAGAGCCAAGUCCAUCGUGAGCUUGCAUCUGGUCUGUCUUUCCCCGUUGGCUUCAAGAAUGGCACGGACGGCACUCUGGGUGUGGCAAUCGACGCAAUCGGAGCGGUGAAGCAUCCACAUCACUUCCUGUCAGUCACCAAGCCCGGAAACGUUGCAAUCGUGGGCACUGCUGGAAACGACGACUGCUUCGUCAUUCUGCGCGGCGGCAACAAGGGCACAAACUACGACGCCAAGUCAAUCGGCGAGGCAAAGGAGCAACUCGUGAAGAAGAGUCUUCGUCCAUACCUUAUGGUCGACUGCAGCCACGGCAACUCUCUCAAGGACCACAAGAACCAGCCCAAGGUCGCCAAGGCACUCGCCGAUCAAAUCCGCGGAGGAGAAGAUGCUAUUGUGGGCGUGAUGAUCGAGUCGAACAUCAACGAGGGCAGCCAGAAGAUGCCCAAGGAGGGCAAGUCUGGCCUCAAGUACGGUGUCUCGAUCACUGAUGCUUGCAUUGGCUGGGAAGAUACCGAGGUGGUGCUGAAGGAGCUUGCUGAAGCUGUUGCUGCCAGGAGAGAGAAACUGGGCCCUGUGAAGGAAGUCAAUGGUGUCAAUGGACAUACGUGA